UGUCUGCUCUCUGGGUACUAUCUGCCAAGCGGGGAGGGAAGCCUGUGCCUGCAGCUGACUCGCCCCAGGCCUGAUGGCAAUCCUGCCGUCCCUACCACUCCCCAUGGAGAGCAACUGGACUGUCCAUGUGUUCUCACGGACCUUGUGCCAUAUGCUACUGUGGACAGCCGUGCUAAAUCUGGUUGCUGGGACUCAUGAUCUUCCGAAGGCUGUGGUGAAACUCGAGCCCCCAUGGAUCCAGGUGCUCAAGGAAGACAUGGUGACACUGACAUGCGAAGGGACCCACAACCCUGGGAACUCUUCCACCCAGUGGUUCCACAAUGGGAGGUCCAUCCGGAGCCAGGUCCAAGCCAGCUACACGUUUAAGGCCACAGCCAAUGACAGUGGAGAAUAUCGGUGCCAAAUGGAGCAGACCCGCCUCAGCGACCCUGUAGAUCUGGGAGUGAUUUCUGACUGGCUGCUGCUCCAGACCCCUCAGCUGGUGUUUCUGGAAGGAGAAACCAUCACGCUAAGGUGCCAUAGCUGGAGGAACAAACUACUGACCAAGAUCUCGUUCUUCCAUAAUGAAAAAUCUGUGAGGUAUCAACACAACAGUAAUAAUUUCUCUAUCCCAAAAGCCAACCACAAUCACAGUGGGGACUACUACUGCAAAGGAAGUCUAGGAAGGUCACUACACAAGUCCAAGCCUGUCACCAUCACUGUCCAAGGGCCCAAGUCCAGCAGGUCUUUACCGGUAUUGACGAUUAUAGCUGCUGUCACUGGAAUUGCUGUUGCAGCCAUUGUUAUUAUCCUAGUAUCUUUGAUCUAUCUCAAGAAAAAGCAGGUUCCAGACAAUCCUUCUGAUCUGGAAGAAGCUGCCAAAACUGAGGCUGAGAAUACGAUCACUUACUCACUUCUCAAGCAUCCCGAAGCCCUGGAUGAAGAAACAGAGUCUGAUUACCAGAACCACAUUUAGUCUCCCUUGGGAUUGGGAAAAACAAGCCAGAAAGGCCAGGAUCUAGUGUCUCCUGGUCCAACGGAUGCUGUAGAUAUUAAAGAAAACAUCCAGAGUCUCUUAUGUGAGCCCUGAAACCAACAGACACUACGAUAUUGGUUCCCAAUGGUUGACUGUACUAAUGACUUCCAUAACUUACAGCUUCCCAAAUCAAGACUCUUCUGCUAUAGAUCCACACAGCCAAUAAAAUUAAUCAACUUACUGUCAUUAAGAGACUGCAGCAACAUGGGAACUGCUUAUAUUUCACGCUAAGAUAAGGAGAACAAUUAAUGUUAGGAUGCAUAAUCUCAGUGAUGAUAAACCAGACUUGUACCAACCUGAGUGAUGCUUCUUUAUAAGGAACUUCAAUUUUUUUUUUUUUUAUUUUUCUAUAAAGGUCACAUGUUACUUUAAUAGUAAAAUGUUGUGAAA